UAAAAGUAAAGAGACAAACCUACUAUCGAGUAAAUUGACACUCAUUGACGGUCGCGACAACAACAGCUGUUAUUCUAUUGGGGCUCGCACAUUAUUUGAUGUUAACCAUCUAUCGGGACUUGUAGUUCCAAUAAGAAGAAGAGAAAAUGUUGCUUUCUCGUGGUACCAAACUAUGGAAGGUACGGAGUGUGCCACUUUGUCGUCUUUACAACUCGACGACAACGAAAAAUGCACUGGCAGCAACACAGAAGGCCACCGACAACGACGAAUACUGGGAGACACCACAAUAUCCCGAAAUAAAGGAUACAUCGUUUGAUGGUCGCAAGAAAGAUGAGGCGAAGACAUGGCAUGAACAGAUACAAAAGACUCCUACGGUAGAAGAAAAGCUCAUCAAAAUAAAUAUGCCCAGAUACUAUGGUUAUAAAGUUGUGCAUAUGAAUGAGGAACGUUUGCCCUACAACUGUUUGCCGGCCAUACAGCACUAUACUCGAACGCAUUUUGAGCCCAUGGAAAAUGAAGUAAAAGAAGACGAAAAGUUGUCGGCUUUUGUUACCGCGUUGAAGGAGCGUAUUGUGGAUGUUGUGGAGUUUAGUCACGAUUUUUAUCGUUAUAAGCUAGACCUGAAUCCGGAAAUGGAUGCUGUUGAAAGGGAGAAAACUUACACCCAAAUUAUUGUAGAGCAAAUCCAUAGGGAACUAACUAAUAAUUUAGCAGCCGAUUUUCCGCAUCUUCAUGAGUUGGAAGUCGAUUACAAGCCCCGGCACGAAGCAUUUUGGGCCGUCGGCGGUAUUGAAGCGCCUAAAAAUGUUAUCAAGUCUAAGGAAGGCAGAGAGUGGCAAAAGGAUAGCGCCAAAGACCCCGUUGAUCGGUUUAUGCAGUAUAAAAGUGAACCAUACCUGGCGUUGCGACAUCAGUCACAGUUGCAGCCGUGGAAAAAUGAAAAUGAGUAUACCAACUUAACACUGGCAAAAGGCUUACCGCGCUAUGAAUAUGAUCCAAGAACCUUGGGAUAUAUAACUGGCUAUCAACAUGGCACAAAUAUUCCUGGCUACUGGCCAAGUAAUGUGAAUACCUUCGGUUUUAUUUCGUAUCAAACAAGAGCCCCAUUCCUGCGACGACCCGAAUCGUACGGAGAAGAGGAUAAACUGAAUGCAUUGCACGCCCAUGCCAUACAAUCGAGUUUUGCAUGGCUCCUAGCACAAGCCAAUUAUUAUGGUUUCAAUACUUUUUCGGAACUAACGUAUCCAAUGAACACCCAAACCAUUCUCACGAACGGCAAACAGUGGUCCUUUUACGAAUAUCAGUUGAAUACUCUGCUAAUGUAUGGCAAUCAAGUAGAUGAAAAUCCAAGGGUAAACAAUUGCAGGGGCACCACCGAAUUGACAUUAUAUCAAGAAAUCGAUUCAAACGGAAAAGUGGUAGGCUUCAAUGAAGAAGUUCUCAAACAUUUAAUCAAAUGUUACAGUAAAACGCCCGACGUUCGGAGAUCAGUCGACGAACUCACACCUUUUUUGGAUAAACAAUACAAACGAAUUGCCGAUUAUCCUGAUGAAGAAAAAAGAAGCUUUUUGGACAAAGUAUUUAAACACAUGUGUUCAAACCGCCCAAGACAUUUAGAGUUGCCCGAAAUCUAUAUGUGGGAGAAGAUUUACAAAAUCGACAAUAAAACUAGACCCAUGGAUGCGAAACGUCGCUUCUUCGAAUUGUCAAUAAACCCAUGGAAACGUACGUUAGACCAGUACGACAAGGUGUAUAUUCCAAAGGCCGAACGACCUGAAGGUCCAAAAAGUAAAAAUAAAUUCAGAAAAACUUAUUUCCCUUAAAUUCAAAUAGUGUCAUCUGUAUUGUUAAAGUUUUUUUUAAAUAAAUUGAUCAUUAUUGAAUAUAAAUAUAUUCCUUCAA